ACCUCGAUCCUUUUCUUCGGAAUUUAUGCUCGGGUCAGUAACUUGUACCUCACCAUUAAAAACAAACAAGCAUUAAAAGUGAAGGUCCAGAAAUAAUCGUUGCACAGUCCCGUCCUGUUGUGUUUUCUAGUGUAGCGAGCGUGUUUGUGCUGAAAAAGAUUAGAUAGUUAUCGCUUAUCAGUUUAGUACCUUCUUAUUUUUUGAUAAGAACACAGCUCGGCGCUAAAGUUGCCCGUUUUUGUCCGGCUAAAUCGGCGAGAUAGCGAUCUCCCUUAAUGUUGGUGCAGCCCAGGUACGCAUAAGACGUAUGAAACAGCGAAUUCCAAUAAACCGGUUUGCUGCUCAAGGAAGACAACGAAAGAACCAUGUUCCUGCGGCAAAUUAUUCGCCAAAAUAGCAGACUCAAUCGGUGCAGAUUGCAGCAGGUUUCCUAUCAGCGAGCGGCAUGCACCGGCAGCUACCACACCGGCAAAGGAGGCGCAGAGCAAACAGUAGGCCUCAAAUCGGUUUCGCAAAGGGGCCAUCAAUCAAACGGUGAUGAUUCGAGAGGUGAUAAUUUGUUGUCUACGACAGCCGUCAUCUUCGGUGGAUCACUGUUGACGUAUCUGAUAACGGAGAAGAUAAAGAAAGAUGCGGCGACGAUUUAUGCAAAGGAACCGGCAUCGCUUGACCAGAUCCGGAAGCUGCACGAUACCCGGCGCACAGAUUUGCCCGAAUACACGAUGGAUGAAAUCGUGAAGCACAACUCACCGUCAUCCGGCAUCUGGGUAACGUACGGGAUUGGCGUUUACGAUAUUACCACGUUUGUGCCGAAGCAUCCGGGCAGCGACAAGGUAAUGCUGGCCGCCGGUGGUGCAAUCGAUCCUUUCUGGCACAUCUUCCAGCAGCACAACACGCAGGAAGUGUUGACACUGUUGGAAACGUACCGGAUCGGAAACCUGCGACCGGACGAAGCCAUCGGUACGAAGGAUCUGCACGAUCCGUGGGCAGCGGAACCGAAACGCCAUCCCAUUCUGAAGGCAGUCACAGCGAAACCAUUCAAUGCCGAACCGCCCGCAUCGGUGCUGGUCGAUAGUUUCCUGACACCAAACGAAUUCUUCUACGUCCGCAAUCACCUGCCCGUGCCGGAGGUGGACAUUAAGAGCUACGAACUGGAGCUGGAAAAUGAAAAGACGGGAAAGGGCAAGUCGCUGCGCUUCGAUGAUCUGAUCCGCUUCCCAAAGCACACCGUCACGGCAACGAUCAUGUGUGGCGGUAAUCGACGAGGCGAAAUGAUGGAAGUCAAACCGAUCAAAGGGUUACCAUGGGGACCAUCUGCAGUAGGCAACGCUGAAUGGAGUGGUGCACGGCUUCGAGAUGUACUGUUGGCCGCUGGUGUUCGCGAUGGUGAUGAAGAAGGCCAUGUACAGUUCGAGGGACUCGAUACCGAUCCAACCAGCACACCGUACGGUGCCUCAAUACCACUGGCCAAAGCGAUGGAUCCGCGUGGUGACGUCCUGCUCGCUUACGAAAUGAACGGCCAGCCGCUAAACCGGGACCAUGGAUUCCCGGUGCGCGUAAUCGUGCCCGGUGUGGUUGGAUCGCGGAACGUGAAAUGGCUUGGCCGGAUUGUGGUUUCGCGCGAAGAAAGUGGUUCCCAUUGGCAGCAGAACGAUUACAAAUCGUUCAGUCCCAGUACGGACUGGGAUACGGUGGACUUCAAAUCGGCACCGGCCAUCCAGAACAUGCCGAUCACGUCGGCCAUCUGUGUGCCAGCGAAUGGUGAGACAGUAGCCGAGGCCACUAAGGAUGGGUUCGUGACGGUGAAAGGUUAUGCGUGGUCUGGCGGUGGUUCCGAGAUCAUACGGGUCGAUCUUACAGCGGACGGUGGUAAAAGCUGGAUCGUUGCUAACCUGGAAGAAACGGAGCAAGGUACCGGUCCUGGGCGGCACUGGUCUUGGACGCUCUGGACGGCCCAGAUCCCCAUACGGCCCGGGCAGAAGGGACCGAUCGAAAUUUGGUCCAAAGCAGUCGACUCCAACUACAACACGCAACCGGAAACGUUCGGCAACAUCUGGAAUCUGCGCGGUGUCGUCGGGAAUGCGUACAGUCGAGUGAAGGUGAACCUUAAGUGAUGUGUCCCUGGUGGUGAUAAAGCGAGGAGGGAUUUACUAUAUUUUGCUAUGGAAUUUGGUUUUUGCCAUCACAUUUUAUCGGUUCUAAACCGCGCAAUAAACGUGCAUUUUGUUGACUACACAUUAA